AUGGCGGGAGCAGCAUCGGCGCUGUUCCUACUAGACAUAAAGGGGAGGGUUCUUGUGUGGCGGGACUACCGUGGGGAUGUCUCCGCUGUACAAGCCGAACGCUUCUUCACCAAGCUCAUUGAAAAAGAGGGUGAGUCGGAUUCUCAAGAUCCUGUUGUAUAUGAUAAUGGUAUCACGUAUAUGUUUAUACAACACAAUAAUGUUUAUCUCAUGACUGCAUCUCGGCAGAACUGCAAUGCUGCCAGCCUUCUACUGUUUCUACACCGUGUUGUUGAUGUCUUUAAACAUUAUUUUGAAGAGUUGGAAGAAGAAUCCCUUAGAGAUAAUUUUGUUGUGGUGUACGAGUUACUUGAUGAAAUGAUGGACUUCGGUUACCCUCAAUAUACGGAAGCAAAAAUUCUCAGUGAAUUCAUCAAGACUGAUGCUUAUAGGAUGGAAGUUACACAGAGGCCUCCAAUGGCUGUAACAAAUGCAGUUUCCUGGCGCAGUGAAGGGAUAAGUUACAAGAAGAAUGAAGUGUUUUUGGAUGUUGUAGAAAGUGUUAAUAUACUUGUCAACAGCAAUGGACAAAUAAUCCGGUCAGAUGUUGUUGGGGCGUUAAAGAUGCGGACAUACUUGAGGUUGGUGGCGUUGUCUUUGGCAGCUUGCAUAUACUUCCUCAAUGACAAGACCAAGAGCUUGCCUAGAGCUGCUAUUAUUGGAUUUGGGGCUCUUGUUGUCGGCUGGAUAUGCGGUUCUUUCUUGGUUCCAUUGAUCCCAUCAUUUCUGUUGCAGCCCACCUGGACUCUUGAACUUCUAACAUCAUUGGUAGCAUAUGUUUUCAUGUUUUUGGGAUGUACUUUUCUCAAAUGA